AUGAAGCGCCAGAGAGCCCCCAUUGCUUGUGAGAAAUGUCGACUUCUCAAGGCCAAAUGCGAUGGGCGACAGCCAAUUUGUACCCGAUGCGAGGGCUACGGCUUCAAAUGUUCAUGGUCAACACGUAAACGAAAGGUUCCAUUGCCAGAAGUCGAGACUACGAAAGAUGUAUCUUGCAAAGAGCCAAACUAUCAAAGAGCUGUGCGGCAAUACGAAUCUCUGAUGCAGGAGCUACUAUCGAACCUCGAUCAGAGCCAGAAAGGAACUCUGAAUGCUAGUCUACACACAAUCCGCCGACAGCUGCCUGUUAAUGCCACCGACUCGAGCCUGGAGCAGCCUUCCUCGACCCGCGAACCGAGCACUGUCUCUAACGAUGUGGGCGUGGAUUCGCCUGCCACCUACGUGGGCAAGGCCAGUGAUAUUCAUUUCAUACAUCGCAUUCGCCAGUGCUAUCAAACUGGGGCUUGGUCUGCAAGAGAGCCCUCAUCAGCCGACAACUAUUCUCAGACGCAUACCAUCAAGAGCUUGGCCGGGUUAACCCAGCCUCUCAUCAUUCCGACUCCAGCCGAAGCCCAAGACUUCAUAGAUGUUUAUCUAUCCACCAUUCAUGUCGCUUACCCGUUCCUCUGCAGAGAUAUCCUCCUCGAGCAGUUUCAGGUUUUCCAGACCGGUGAUUACGCGUACCAGGAAUUCGAGCCCUGGCUGGCAUUGUUUAGUAAGACCAUGUACUUUAUCUUCGCCAUCGGCUCCUACUACACCUCUUUUCCACAUCGAUCUGGAACAGCGUCUUUGGAUCAUUUGCGAUACUUUGAACAAGGUGUCUACUUUUCGCGGGAACUGGGCGCAACCUGUUCCUUGCUAAGUGUAUGGGCCUUGAUAGUGCAAUGCUUUUUUCUGCUGGCGAUAUGCCACACAGAUAGAUGCUGGAACACACUAGGCUUUGCCAUCCGCAUGGGUCAAAGCAUCGGUCUUCAUGUCGAAUCGUCCCCCAAUCACGCCCGCACAUCAUGGAUGGCCGACCGGGCGCACUGGCGGCGAACCUGGUACUCGAUGUAUGUUCUCGAUCGACUCCUUGCGCUUCAACUCGGCCGUCCUAUGGCCAUUCACGAAAGUGAAUUUCAAGUGGAGAUGCCCUCUGUCUCCGACCCCUUCCCGUUCGGUCAUACUGCAACUGUGUCCGAGGGGUCUAGUACGGCAAGCAGAGAUACACCGACCUGCUCCCUUAUGGACUACUUCCUUGUCGUCAUCCGUUUCUCUUACUUGGUGAGUGCAGUUAUUCGGGAGUUGUACCGGCCCUCGCAGAUCGACGUGGCCCCGGACAUGAUGCUGGACACCUCGUCGGCUCUGGAUCAACGGCUCAGCGAAUGGAAGAAGGGACUGCCACGACAUCUCCGAUUUGAUCUGGGCCAUAACUUUGAGAGCUCCGUCACCUUUAAGCGACAGCGUAAUAUGCUGGCCGUGAAGUAUCACCAUCUGCGCGCUUUGAUUCACAGGCCUUUUCUAUGCCUUCCCCUCUUACAAACCAAUAACCAUCCGUUCAUGGAACUGCUGCGUCGGGACAAACACAGAAUCACCCAGGCCGAAUCCAUAUGCGUCCAAGAAGCACGGCAGACAGCGCAGCUACUUCACAAUCUGGUCGACGAGCGCUGUCUGGUGCAUGACUUUCCCUGGUGGCAGAUGAUCUCGUGCUUAAUUUGCGCCAGCUCGAUUCUCUUUGUUGCCGAAGCGUUCUGCCCCAACCAAGACUCGUUGUAUAGCACCGCAUCUGCGCAGGAUCUGCGAGAAGAUGCCGAGACCUGCUUGAAGGUCUUCGAGGCGCUGAGUGCCAACUCAGCUGCUGCACGAAAAGCGGCUGAGAUGCUGAAAGCGCUGUCAAGCCUCCAUCAUUCCAUCCAUAAAGCACCGUCAGCAGUCGUAGAGUCUACCUCACAGCCGUUAUCGCUUC